UUAAAACCAGCAACCAAGCCACAAGUCCUCCAACAGAACGGUCUUACAGAAUAUUCUCUAGAAGACUAAAAGAAGUUAAAACAGAAGACUCACUUAUUCUUAUUAGUAAUACUACAACUCCUAUUUUGAGAUAAUGGCGGUAGCACUACAACCUAGACAUUUGACAAGUACUUCGCCAGUGCCCGAACGUAGGAAGAAAGACGCCAAAUGGACACCAUCAUCGACCCAAGGAGCCCAUGCCUCCAAUAUUCUAGCCAAUACUGAUUUCGUCCACCAGACGAAGGAAAUAAUACACGAGGUCUUUUACGCCCUCCUAUUGGAGCAAGGCGUCAAGCUAAAUGGAUAUACAACAGGGCAUGUGGAGCCCAUAUUCAGUUCAGAAACGAACAGGAAAGUUUAUAACAGUCUAAUGGGCGCCUGUAGACAAUUUCUAAGACUACACAGUGACCAGAUUAGGAGAGACGUGGAAAAGCUCGAUAUAUCCGAAACAACAUUGUGCAUUACAUUUCACAGCACCAUGCAUUCAAUCUUUUCCGAUUGCGUAAACUGGGGUAGAAUUAUAGCCCUCAUAUCUUUUGCUGUCCUCGUUGCUUACAAGGCCCACAAGACAUCACGUCACGUCGUAGAGAGCAUAGAGGGUUGGCUAAUAACCUUCAUAUGCCAGAACUUGAGUCAAUUCAUCAUGAAACAGAAAGGCUGGGCCAGUGUACCAGACAGAUUCAGCUCAGAUAAAAUUGGAGGAGAUACAGUUGAUGCUAAAAAUGGCGGAGGUUCGUGGCUAGCACUAGCAGCAGUCGGAGUAGGAGCUGCCCUUGUCACAGCCUUCUUGUCUAGAUAACAAUGGUGAAUGCUAUGAACAUCUUCAGCAAAGUCUCUCUCUCUCUCUCAACAUUAUCCAUUACUAUCCAUUUACUCCUCUCGUCUUCCAUUACGAAUCAGUUUGGCCAUAAACGUUAGAUUUCUUUUUCUCACUCCUAACCAACUCAUUCUAAGCUUGUACUAUAAUGGACACUUUAUCAAUGCACAUUAUUAUUAUUAUUAUUCGUUAUUAUUUUGUGUCUUAUUUAUUCCGUUGAUUGUGUUUGUGUCUGUAUUUUGUUUGUUCCACCUUAACUUUACUGUUUUGUUCCUGCUGUCACUAUUAUUAUUAUUAUUGUUGUUGCUUAGAAUUUUGUGUUGUACUUUAUGUAUUACAUUUGAAAACAAUAGUUGCAUUUUA